CAGGAAUGCCGGCUGUGUUCUCUCUUUCCCUCGCCAUCGCUGUAACAUUCGUUGUCGUUACGGGCCAAAAUUAUGUUCUGGAAAAGUUUGGAAACGAUACCACCGAACUCGUUCAUUAUAUUACUGAAGGUGAUGGAGUUGGAUUAGCUUAUCAGUGGCUUACCACACUGGUGGAUGGCUUUGGACAUCGUAUGGUUGGCUCUGAUAGCCUUGAAAAAGCCAUCGAUUUCUUGGCAAAAAGUUUGAAGGAGGAUGGUUUCGAUGAUGUGCACACCGAGGAUGUACCAGACUUGCCGAAAUGGGUUCGUGGAGACGACAAUGUUCAAAUGAUUGAACCGCGAUAUCAACGGCUUAAUGUGCUUGCUCUUGGCGGAUCCGAACCAGCUGAUGUAAUCGGAGAAGUUGUAGUUAUUCGUGAACUCGAUGGUAUCCAGCACGUUAACAUCAGUGGGAAGAUUGUCGUAACGGCACAAAUAUUUAGAGGGUACCCACAAACAGUUAAAUAUCGCCGAUCAGUAAAAUUAUUCGAAUCAAUGGGGGCCAUUGGCGUUUUGAUAAAAUCAAUAACACCAUUUUCCAUCGGUUCACCUCAUGCUGGCAGUGGUGCAGAGGGUGCAAGAAUUCCAGCUGCAUGUUUGACGAUCGAACAAGCCGAAAUGAUCGGUCGAAUGUUUCAAAACGGUGAAAGGAUCGUAAUCCGAAUGCAUAUAAAAUCGCACAGCGAAGAUCGUACAACAUCCAGAAAUCUCAUCUUUCAAAUUACCGGUCAGGAACGACCAUCUGAAGUGGUACUGUUAUCAGCGCAUCUGGACAGCUGGGAUGUUGGACAAGGAGCACUAGAUGAUGGUGGCGGUUGUGCUGUUGUGUGGAAUGCCUUAUAUUCCUUAAAACAAUUGGCCAAAACAAAUGCUGCUUUCAAGCCGAAACGAACAAUUCGAGGCAUAUUUUGGACUGCAGAAGAACAGGGAUUUUUGGGUGCAAAACAUUACUACAUCACCCAUAAAAAUGAUACAACAGACGCAUUUUAUUUUGUAUCUGAAACCGAUACAGGAGCAUUCAAACCAGAAAACUGGCUUUCUCAUCUUGCCUUCAGCGGUGAUCAGCAUCAUAUGAAGCGACUGGAUGAAAUAGUACGCCUGUUGAGCAGAUAUAACAUGCCGCUUACACUGCUGAAAAAUCCAAGUCAGGGUGACGUUAAUUUCUGGGCUAAGGAUGGGAUACCAUCAGUUAAUUAUAUACCUGACAAGGCCAUCGAAUAUUAUUUCCAUUUUCAUCAUACUGAUGGUGAUUACAUAACAAUAUUCAAGAAUGGGGAUCUGGAAUAUACGGCAUCAAUUUUUGCCGUUUUGGGUCAUGUAAUCGCCAAUAUGGAUGAUUGGGGAAAUAAACAGAAACUGGUAUGACAUUUUUCUGUUGAGUGGCAGAAAUUUUUGUCAUGUGACAUUAAUGACAUACAAAGGCAUUUUCUAUUUUUCUAUGUUCAAAGUUGAAAAUUUAAUGUUUGAAUAACAUUUGAUGAUAUUUUCGAUUACUUGCUGAUCUCAGCACAAUAACUUGUGCAAGCAGCUUUCCAAAUCCAUUGCACGACUUUGUUGCUU